GCCAAAUGGAAAUAGAUUGUUUGGAAAGCAGGCAUUCAAAGUGAGAGCAUUUGCUUCCUUUUGCCUGGUGAUCUCUGGGAUUUUCUGCAACUUACAGAGCAGCUUUCGGAGACUGAAACGAUAGGCCUCCCAGGUGAGAUUGCUCCGGAAUUUCAAAUUGACAACUCAGCCGAGUCUCAGCCCCCCCGGAUCUUACUGAGCUUCUCACACCUACCUCUCAAAAGUGUCUGCCUGCUAUCGUUUCUUCAUCAUCGGAGGAAUGAAUUGACUCUUAUAUAUACAAAACUGAUCCUCACCCAACCCUCGCCAACGACAGUAAAUGGAAGCGACACCAUGACCCCUGAAUUCCAGUACCAGGAUCCGCGCGACAGCGAGGAUGUCCCUUUCCUAUCGCAAUCUGACGGCGAGCCUCCAUCGCUCGACAGGCGAGGGACAAAAGAUCGCGUGGUAAUCGAUGGCGCGAUCCGUACUCGACUUAUGAUCACACUCUUCACCAUGGUUCUAGCCGUCGAAGUUGGAUUCGUGAUGGCAGGGGGGCCAAUGACAAGGAUUUAUGAGUCGAUUGCUUGCCGCGAACACUAUACGCAGUUUGAUCCGACCAAGAUCGGGUCCGAUGGGCAGGUGGCCGAAGAGUUGUGCAAGGGUAAGGAGGUACAGAGUGAGGUUGCGGCUGUCAAAGGGUUUAUGGAAUUCUUCGAGGGUGUUCUCAGUGUAUUGCUGGCCGCUCCGUAUGGACUGCUGGCUGAUCGGUUUGGUCGGAAAAAGGCACUUUGUUUUGGCAUCCCUGGGUUUGUCCUGAAUUGCCUUAUCAUGUUUGUUGUGAUGUGGUUCUCCGAUACCAUCCCUCUGCGGGCCGUUUGGGCAUCAUGUUUGACCUUUAUUUUUGGCGGUGGACCGGUUGUCACUAUUGCUAUCAUUUAUACCAUGAUGGCGGAUGUGACGACAGAAGAAGAGAGAGCGUUGAUGUUCUUCCGUUUCGGCGUCGCCAGUAUGGGCGCCGAUUUCAUCUCCAGUGCAGCUAGCUCAUACCUCAUGGUUUUGAACCCUUGGAUCCCGAUGCUGAUUGGAUGGAGUGUGGUCAUUGUUGGCGUUUUCAUGGCCUUGCUCCUACCCGAAACCAAGAAUGCCGUUCUACAAGACUCGUAUGAAAAACCGUCGGAGAUGGAACUUGACCGGCUAUCAUUCGCCAACGGAGAGCCCAGGCGUUCCUCUGAAAAACUCAACACAAACCUCUUGAAUGAUCCUGAGGACGAUCUACAGGAGGGGGUGACGUUCGCCAUCACGAAGAAGAGGUCAUACCUCGCUUCAUUGUGGGUAACACUACGAUCGUAUCUCACCCCAUACGCCUUUAUCUUUCGGUCUAAACAAGUUCUCCUCCUUCUCACCGCAUUCUUGGUCUACCGUCUCAGUCGGGGCUCUUCCUGGUUUUUGGUCCAAUACAUCUCUGCGCGCUACAACUGGACCAUAGCCCAAGCGAACCUCCUCAUGUCCUUCAAACCAGCUCUCACUAUACCUCUAUUUCUGGUCAUUAUUCCUCUCAUUUCAAAGCGCAUGAUGCCACGCAUGAAGUCUAACCAGAAGGACCUCCGGCUCGCGCGAGUGAGUCUUAUUUUUCUCGCGGUAGGCACACUAGGCAUUGGAUUGUCGCCUAGCAUUGGGAUGCUGAUCCCUAGUCUGAUAGUCCAGACUUGUGGCUCUGGAUUUGUUUAUCUAACACGAUCCCUGAUUACAACGCUGGUGGAGCGUGAUGAGACCGCGCGGUUGUUCACUGUGAUCGAGGUCUUGCAGGCUCUUGGCAAUGUCAUUGCCAGCUUGUCAAUUACGACAGUCUUCCAAGUGGGCCUUGAGCUAGGAGGCCCAUGGGUUGGUCUCGCGUGGAUGAUGACAUCUACGGCAUUUUGUUGCGUUGGAAUAGCUAUUUGGGCGUUUAAGCUGCCUCCUACCGCGGAUAAGGCUGAAGACCACGGCGAUUGAGCGUGGGCGGCACUUGUAUAUAUAUAUAAUCUGUACAUAUAGACGGCGUACUGGGCACAAGGGUAUAUAGACUAGAUAGAAAUAACUUGUUCUUCUGCAAC